AUGAUAGAUAUUGAAAAGCCGACAGAGUCCUUGGCUACUUCAGACCUCAGUGAGGCAUCAUUGCCUACAGGAGUGGAUUCAAUUUCAAACAUAUUACAAAGAAUCGAUGAAUUGGGUCUCCAAUUAUCAGACGAUAAUGUCAUCGAUUGGCUUCCAAAAAAUCAAAAUCAUCCUCGAAAUUGGCCUUUGAAACGCAAACUGGUGAAUACAGCUUGCAUUUUCUUGCUUGAUACAUUUGGUGCUUUGCUAGAAUCCGGGGGUUUAGUCGCAGCAACGCGAGCAGCAACAGAAUAUGGCAUUUCACAGAAUCAGUCACUCAUUGCCUUUUCUCUCAUGUACGGAAUCGGUGGAGCUCUGGGAAGCAUUAUCUUUCCACCAUAUUCAGAAGCUUUCGGAAGAAAACCGAUACUCAUAUUUGCAGCUCUUUUGCUACCGCUUAGCUGCAUGAUUACGGGACUUGUACCAUCUAUUGCAGGAGUAUACAUUGGCCGCUUUAUCAUGGGUGCGACGAUAUCGAUUCCUUCAACAAUUAAUGUGGGCAGUCUAGAAGAUAUAUGGGAACCUGCAACCCAAGGCCAUGCAAUCUAUGCAUGGGUACUAUCUGCGGGACUAGGUGCUGCUCUAGGGCCGAUAUAUGGAACCUACGUCACUAGCGUACUUGGUUGGCGAUGGUUGUAUCACAUUGGCUCUAUUGUUUCCGUCUGCAUACUUGUUGUCCUUCUCAUAGGCAUCUCCGAAACUCGCCCAAGUAAACUCCUUGGGGAUCAUCUUAUCGCUAUACAAUCAUGUGCAGGAACACUGAAACUCCGCACACAAACAGCAGAUGAUCAUGUCCCUGAUUUUCAUACCUUUUGUCAGAGUGCCAUCAUUCAGCCAGCCAAAAUAUUCUUUCAGGAGCCCAUCAUCCUCACAAUGGCAACCCUAUCUGCCAUAGCAUUUUCUCUACUGUUUCUUUUCACCGAGUCUUUGGAUAUCGUCUUCAAACCAUAUGGAUUUAGCCAGACUUCAUACUCGUUAGCAUUCCUUGCAUAUGCUAUAGGAAUGAUUUUUGGUAUUCCGGUCAGGUUGGUAGAGUUUUUUCAUCUCAAGAAGCGUGCAGAAACGAAAGAACUAGAACCAGAAGAUAAAAUAAUCGGCUUUGCUACCGGAGCACCAGCAUUGGCAGCUGGCCUUUGGCUUAUGGCUUGGACAACUCCACCCUUAGUUCAUGGCAUUGACUGGGUGGUACCGAUGAUAGGGUUAGCAGGUGCUGGAUUUGCAGCGAAUGAAAUUGAGUAUGCACUUGGAAAUUACCUAGCUGAUACAUACACUGUCUAUGCAUCUUCCGCCUUCGCUGCAUACUCAACCCUUCGAGCCCUUCUCUCUGGUAUAUUCCCUUUGUUUGCUGACCGAAUGUAUAAUGGCUUGGGUUCGAAUGUUGCCGGCUCGAUACUAGCUGGAGUUGCAACUUUAUGGCUCAUUAGCCCUUAUAUUUUUAUGAAGUACGGGAAGACCUUGAGAGAGAAGGGAAAAUUCGCAAAGUUUAGUUUAGAGACUGAUCCGAAUCCUCAGACACUAGAUGUAUUGGGAAGGCAAGAGUGUUGA